AUGAAAAACCAUAGAAGCACAAUUUCCUCUACAUAACUGGGUCUGAAACGCACGCACCGAAAAGAAAAGGAACUUUGAUUCUCGCGGAAAUCAAAGAUUCAAGAACUAAUGUAGUUGGUAACAGGUAUAUGCAAGUUUAAGGUUGUCUUGAGUUUAAAGUUCGUGUGUUGGGUUUUUGCUUCUCUUUGAAAACGUUGAUCAAAUGGAGGCUGACAGGUUGAAUUCUCCAAGCACGUCUGUAAUUACUUUUGAAGUAUUGGGUCAUCAACUGCAGUUCUCCCAGGAUCCUAAUUCCAAACAUUUAGGAACAACAGUUUGGGACUCAUCAAUGGUGUUUGCCAAAUUUCUGGAAAAGAAUUGCAGAAAGGGAAGAUUUUGCCCAUCAAAACUUAAAGGAAGGCGUGUUAUUGAACUAGGGGCUGGUUGUGGAGUAGCUGGGUUUGGAAUGGCAUUGCUGGGAUGUGAUGUAGUUUCCACAGACCAAAUCGAGGUUGUGUCAUUGUUGAGGAGAAACAUAGAACGCAAUACUUCAAGGAUCAUGCAGAUGAAUUCUAAUUCAGAUUCAUUUGGAUCGAUCCGGGUCGCAGAGUUGGACUGGGGAAAUGAAGAUCAUAUAAAAGCCGUUGCUCCGCCAUUUGACUACAUCAUUGGUACAGAUGUUGUUUAUGCAGAGCAUCUUUUGGGACCCCUAUUGAAAACAAUAAUUGCAUUAUCAGGCCCCAAAACCACAAUUAUGUUGGGUCAUGAGAUCCGUUGUACUAGUGUCCAUGAGCAAAUGCUUCAGACCUGGAAAAAGUUCUUUGAAGUGAAGAUUGUUCCAAGAGCCAAGAUGGACAGUAAGUACCAACAUCCAAGUAUUCAACUUUUCAUUAUGGGACUAAAGACCCCAGCUGUUACUGCAGAGAAGCCAGACAAUGCUGUUAGUGCAGAGAAUUUGGACAAGAAGACUCAAGGGAUUGACCAGCAAGUUAAUGAGGUUAAAACAAGAAAAACAGAUAGAGAAGAGGGACAGAACUGUGGAAAUGGUACUGGGGUAGAUGAUUUGGAUGGUGAAGUUAUAAAGGAAGAUUGUCUCCAAGUGACAAGGCUUCCUGAUGGCAAGCUUAGUGACUGGGAAGCAAGAAGAUACGGCUCAAUGGCUGCUCGGCUUCUACGAGACAUCAAGAUAACUUAAAUUUUCAAGUCUUUUGAUUUGUUAAAAAGUCUUUACUCUUAUAUUUCCACGAAUGGGUUGAUGCGCAAUUGUACAUCCGCAUUUGUUACAUUAAGGAAAAAUGACAUGGCAUAUACAUAUAUUUAGUUACUUAAUUGCUUUUCAUGUAAAA